AUGCGGAAUUCUUCAUUUUAUAUUACCAAAUCGAUCGUUUAUGAGUGCUUAUCUCACAGUCCAUUCCGACGAUGCAAUUUUUCUAGUGAUUCCGGGGAUUCACAAUGUUUAACAAAGCCUCGAUAUAAAUGGGCUGUAUAUGGCAAAAGUGCAACUGAUAAUGAUCCACAUAAAACUUCCAUAAUUUUAUUCCCAGGACAAGGAUCUCAUUUUGUCGGAAUGGGCAAAAAUCUUGUAAAGUUACCGAAGAUAAGGCAAAUGUUUCAAUGUGCCAAUGAAAUAUUAAGAACAGAUAUUCUUCGUAUUUGCCUUGAGGGUCCUGCUUCAAAACUAUCAAAAACCAUUCACUGUCAACCAGCUACUUUUAUAAUUUCUUUAGCAGCCCUUGUAAAGCUUCGAGAAGAAAAUGACGAGUUAAUUAGAAAUUGCGUGGUUACAGCAGGGUUUAGUCUCGGCGAGAUCAGUGCUUUAGUGUUUUCGGGUGCCCUGACGUAUGAAGAAGGUCUGCAUAUCAUUCGUGUCCGAGCAGAAGCCAUGCAAAAAGCUUGUGAUGAAAAAGCUGGAGCAAUGGUUACUGUUUUCCUCAAUCCUGGAUCCCCAUUAAGACUUUGUAUAGCAGCAGCUAUCAAUCAUUGCGAGGUUCGCCAUAAAAUCCAGAACCCUUGUUGUAAAGUUGCUAACUAUUUAUAUCCAGAUUGCAAAGUUAUCGCUGGAAAUAAAGAGGCAAUCGACUUUAUUGAAGAUCAUGCUGGUCAAUUUGGAAUACGUCGAACUAAACGAUUACCAGUUGAUGGGGCUUUUCAUACUCCUUUGAUGUUCUCUGCCCGGAAAGUUAUUGCUAAUUCACUAGAUAGGAUGGGGAAUUUCCGGAGACCUUCGAUACCUGUUAUUAGUGCCGUAGAUGUGUUACCGUAUAGAGGUACAAUGAAUAUUAAACGAAAACUUGCUAUGCAGGUUAUCCGUCCUGUAAGAUGGGAGCAAACGAUGUAUGCACUAUAUGAUCGCCCAACAGAUGUCCCUUUUCCUCGUACAAUUGAAGCCGGUCCUGGCCGACAACUUGGUGCGAUGCUGAGGAUGGUCAGCCGUGGAGCAUUUGAUGGUUACAGCUCUAUAGACGUGUAG